UAAACAAGCUAAGGUUCACUCCAGUCCACAUCUGUUGCGUUCUGUCUGUCAUGGAGCAAAAUCACCAGAACGAGCUAUUCGCCAGCUUCAGCACAGCCUUUAAAUCAUUUGCCACAGAAGCUAUACAUGUAGGACAAAAACCGGAGCAAUGGAAGUCAAUGGCUGCGGUACCACCAAUUUCUCUAUCUACCACGUUCAAGCAGAACGGACCAGGAAACCAUGCUGGGUUUGAAUAUAGCCGGAGUGGAAACCCUACAAGAAACUGUCUGGAGAAGGCUGUGGCUGCUUUAGAUGGAGCAAAGUAUAGCCUUGCUGUUGCCUCAGGGGUGGCAGCUACACUGACCAUCACACACUUACUAAAGGCUGGUGAUGGCAUUGUCUGCAUGGAUUAUAUAAAUGGUGGUAAGAAAAGCCUAAUACUAUUUUUUCCAAAGGAUUGUUUUUACCAGCAAAUGAUCAUUCAUUACAUCCCCCUCCUAAUGAUGCAGCAACAAUGAAAUGACAUAAUCCCUGUCGUGUUGUAGCUGGUGUGGAUUGAGACGCCCACCAACCCCACCAUGAAGGUCGUUGACAUCAGAGCCUGUUCUGAGUUGGUCCAUGAGCACAACAAAGACAUACUGGUGGUCGUGGACAACACUUUCAUGUCCGCCUAUUUCCAGCGCCCCUUGGCUUUGGGAGCUGAUAUCUGCAUGUAUUCAGCCACCAAAUAUAUGAAUGGUCACAGUGAUGUGGUGAUGGGUCUGAUCUCUGUAAAUCAGGAAGAUCUGUAUGAGCGACUGAAGUUUUUGCAAAAUGCUCUUGGCUGUGUUCCAUCUCCCUUCGACUGUUACCUGUGUAACAGAGGGCUGAAGACGCUUCACCUGAGGAUGGAGCGACACUUCAAGAAUGCCAUGGCGGCGGCUAAGUUCCUGGAGGCCGAUCCCCGGGUGGAUCGUGUCCUCUUCCCAGGCCUGUCCUCCCACCCGCAGCAUGAUGUAAUGAAGAGACAGUGCACCGGAUGUCCCGGGAUGAUCAUCUUCUAUAUUAAGGGGCAACUGGAGCAUGCGACCGCUUUCCUUAGUAACCUUAAAAUGUUUGCAAUAGCUGAAAGUCUGGGUGGAUUUCAAAGUUUAGCAGAACACCCGGCAAGAAUGACUCACGCAUCCAUCCCAGAAAAGGAGAGGUGUGUCUUGGGAAUCAGUGACACAGUGAUCCGGCUCUCAGUGGGUCUGGAAGACCAGGCAGACAUCAUUAAAGACCUGGAGCAGGCACUAGAUGCGGCUCAUCCAAAGAAGUGAACAGUUGUCAUCAAGAUGACCUCAAGGCUGAGGUUGAAUCAGGAUGAUGCUCAGAGGUACAUCAAGUCGUAAAUCAUUGCAAAUCAAUGUUUUGUACCUCAGUUAAGUGCGCAAACAACAGAAAUUCACCUAUUAAUAGACAGGGAACACUUAAAUUAAAAACAUAAUUUUUGAAAUUUUUGCAGAUUUAUUAAAAAGGAAAAGAACUGAAAUAUCAUAUUGUCAUAAGAAUUCAGACACUUUGCAAAAACACUUACAUUAAGCUCAGAUUCCUUCCAUUUCUCUUGAUCUUUGCUGAGAUGUUUCUACGCCUUGAUCGGAGUCCACUUGUGGUAAAUUAAAUUGAUUGGACAGACCUUUCUAUAGAAGGUCUCACAGCUGGAAAAGCAUAUCAGAGCAAAAAGCAAGCCAUGAGGUCAAAGGAACUGCCUGAGAGACAGGAUCAUUAAAGUUUGGCACAACCAUGACUUUCCCAAGAGCUGGUCAUCCUGCAAAACUGAGUAAUUGGGAGAGAAGAGCCUUAGUAAGAGAGGUGACCAAGAAUCUGAUGGUGACUCUGACUGAGCUCCAAAGAUCCUGUGGGGAGAUGGGACACAGUUCCUGAAGGACAACCACCACUGCAGCCCUCUACUGAUCUGGGCUUUAUAGUCGAGUGGCAAGAUGGAAGUGUCUCCUCAGUGCAAAACACAUGAAAUACCACUUAAACUCUACUCUUAGUAUUCUAGUGGUCUACGCCCCAUGUACAGAGACUGCUUCUCAAAAGCAGUCAGCCAAGGUUAAAAUCCAAUCUGUGGCUGUUCUCAUGCAUGUCAGUCCUGACUCUCUGUCUCCCCUGUUUCCAGCUAUCCACUAUCCUUCCCUAUAAAGCCCGCAAAUAAAUCUUAAAAAGGAAUGCUACGUGUCAUUACAUGAAAACAGAGUAAAAUGAAAUGUAUGGAUACAUGUCUGCAUCAGGCUACCAUGCAUCAUCAUUUUUUUGCUGCAUUUUCUCACACUAACCACUGCCUUAAAGUAUAAAUUAUGUCUUUAAAACUCGAAACUUUGCUUUGUUAAGCAUAAGCUUUGUGAAAAAGAACAAAUUCAUAUCUAAGAAUAAGGAAAUAAUGGUUGUGAAAAUUUUAAAUCUGCUCUGAUUUUCUGAAUUAACAGGAAAAUUUGUGGUCAAUUCAGUAAACAUGGAACAGAGUUUUAUUUUUCCUUUAAAUUCUGAAAUAAGUUUCCCAUUUAUAAGAAAACUACCCUGUUUAAGUUAAUUGGGAAUUUUAGUCUCAACAGACAAAAUGACUUUGGUCCACUUAACUAUAGAAUUUCCCAAAUUUCUUUUAGUCGAUUCUUAUUGAGAUUACAUGUUAAUUUUCUUUAACAGUGGCUUUCUCUUUGCCACUCUCCCAUAAAAAUGAUCUUAUCUAGGCAGAUUUCCAUAUGUGCCAUAUACCUUCCUGAUGGAUUUAACUGAACUCCGGGGGAUGUUCAGUGUCCUAGACAUUUUUUUUGUAUCCAUCACCUGACCUUUCGUUAACUUUUUCUCUGAGUUGCUUGG